AUGACAGGGCCACGGGUUGAACUAUACAGUGAUCAAAUCGAUGAGCUCGUUUCCAGAGUUGAGUCUCAAUGCAAUCGAGAUGGGUCAGCGCGGUACCUAAUCUCGCUAGCUGGUGUUCCUGGCGCUGGAAAGACCACAUUCGCCAAGGAAGUCGCCACGAAGCUCAACAAGAUAGCCAAGACAGAGGUGCUCUCGCAAGAUGGGUUCCAUUUAUAUAGAGCAGAACUUGAGUCGAUGCCCAACCCGGCCGAGGCCAUUAGACGACGAGGUGCUCCAUUCACUUUCAACGCGCGAGCAUUUGUCGAUUUGGUGUCUUGCUUGCGCGACAAGUCCCAGCAAGUGAGUGCGCCUUCUUUCGAUCACAAAUUGAAAGACCCCGUGGAGAACGAUAUCGUUAUUGGCACCGACGUGUCGAUAGUUAUAAUCGAGGGCAACUAUGUCUCGCUACGCGACAAAGUUUGGCAAGAGAUUAGCUCGCUUGUGGAUGACACAUGGUUCAUCACUACGCCGGAGCAACUUGUCAGGUCUCGGAUAAUCAAGAGACACUUGGACGCGGGAAUAGCUCAAACUGAAGAAGAAGCUUCUGCACGAGCCGAUGGAAGUGAUUUAGAGAAUGCUAAAUACAUCCUAGACAACUCUAGAACAACCAACGUUUUAAUAAUUACACGAUGA